UCUGUCCUCUAGAAACUUUAGCAGAUGGCUCAUUUGCCGGCCGAAUCAGAGCCGAACAAAAAUUUGUCCGUGAUCAUCCUCGAUUCUUUAGCAAACAAAUUCAAGAAGAAAUCAAAUUAACUAUGAACAGCUUCAAUUCAAGUUCGAAUUCUGUCUCCUCCUCAUUGUCGUUUCGUGUUCGUCCUUGCCUUUGCUCUCGCUAUCUCUUACUGUAAUUUAUUUGUAAUUUCUUUGUAUAUAUGAUCAUGAACUCUAGGUGUUUUGACUGCGAGAGUCAAUUUUGGUUGUGUUUUUUUAACUUUUGAUCCAAUUUGUCACUGUGUUGCUCUUGAUCGAGGCGGCUGGAGCAGAGAUGAAGAGGUGUAGAAAUGGCGAACUCUGGGAUUUUGAGCACGAGAUUCUUGGCGGAGAUGAUAUUAUACUUGGAAUCGACGGCGGCACCACUUCCACUGUUUGUGUUUGUAUUGCUCUUUCCGAUCCUCGAGCUAUUUCUCCUUCAAUGGCUUGUCCUAUGCUCGCUCGUGUUGUUGGUGGCUGCUCAAACCAUAAUAGCGUUGGCGAAACUGCUGCGAGGGAAACACUGGAGCAAGUUAUGGCGGAGGCACUUUCAAAGUCUUGUUCAAUUCGAUCUUCAGUUCGAGCUGUGUGCCUAGCUGUUUCUGGAGUCAACCAUCCAACGGAUCAAGAAAGAAUUCUGAAUUGGCUAAGGGAUAUCUUUCCGUGCCAUGUAAACCUGUAUGUUCAAAAUGAUGCUGUGGCGGCUCUUGCAAGUGGCACUAUGGGAAAGCUCCAUGGAUGCGUUUUAAUUGCUGGAACUGGAACAAUUGCAUAUGGAUUCACAGAGGAUGGUCGAGAAGCUCGAGCUGCUGGUGCAGGACCAAUCUUAGGUGAUUGGGGAAGUGGAUAUGGGAUAGCUGCACAGGCGUUAACCGCAAUAAUUAGGGCUCAUGAUGGACGUGGUCCUCAUACAAUGCUCACUUACAGCAUUUUGAAGACACUUGAUCUUUCUUCACCAGAUGAACUAAUAGGGUGGACAUAUGCGGAUCCAUCCUGGGCUCGAAUUGCUGCUCUCGUUCCAGUUAUUGUAGCAUGUGCUGAGGCAGGCGAUGAGGUUGCUGACAACAUCCUCCUCGACUCAGUUGAAGAAUUGGCUUCAAGUGUGAAGGCUGUUAUUCAAAGACUCGGCCUGGCUGGUGAAGAUGGACAAGAGGCUUUUCCGCUUGUUAUGGUUGGUGGUGUACUCGAAGCAAAAAGAAGGUGGGACAUAGCAAAAAAAGUCAUAAAUUCAAUAUCCAAAGAAUACCCCGGAGUUCUUCCUGUUUGGCCCAAGGUGGAACCGGCACUUGGUGCAGCAUUACUAGCCUGGAAUUUUUUGAGCAAGGAUUAUCAGCAGGAAGGAAUAUAGAGGGUGUUCUUUCUUUAGCUUCACGAGAAAGGGCUGAUGAACAUGAACUGUACAGUUUGAUUGUCAGACCAAACCUAAUUAGCGAUGUUGGAAAGUUAAGGUAGAAACUUGAAGUAGUCUUAGCUUGUGUUAGUGUCCCAAGGUCUUCGUUGAUUUUCAUCGUUAUUUUAGCUCUUCAUGUUAAGAUAGUAUAUAUUUUUGAGUGAUCCAAUCUCUCGUCUGUAUGGUAAACUGGAUAUGGAGGGAAAAUCCAAUUGAAUGAAACCUUCUUUGAUCCUCA